GACCGCCCAGUAGUGAAGGCCCAUGAGCCCAGAAAUCCAUCUAUAAAAAUUCAUAUCAAAAACCCUAAUUUUACUCUAGAGGUAGCGCUCGCUGCAGCACCACACCAAUACCAACACCAAGAGCACAUUGAGUUGAUGCAAUAUGAAGUUUAAUAUUGCAAACCCCACCACUGGCUGCCAGAAGAAGCUGGAGAUUGAUGACGACCAGAAGCUCCGAGCUUUUUUUGACAAGAGAAUCUCCCAGGAGGUCAGUGGAGAUGCUCUGGGCGAGGAAUUCAAGGGCUAUGUUUUCAAAAUCAUGGGUGGUUGUGACAAACAAGGAUUUCCAAUGAAGCAGGGAGUGCUGACUCCUGGUCGUGUUAGACUCUUGCUUCAGAGAGGAACCCCAUGCUUUAGAGGGUAUGGAAGGCGCAAUGGAGAGCGUAGGAGAAAAUCUGUUCGUGGAUGCAUCGUUAGUCAGGAUCUCUCUGUCUUGAACUUGGUUAUUGUUAAGAAAGGCGAGAAUGAUCUACCUGGAUUAACAGAUAGUGAAAAGCCAAGGAUGAGGGGUCCAAAGAGGGCAUCCAAGAUUCGCAAGCUUUUCAACCUCUCUAAGGACGAUGAUGUUCGCAAGUAUGUGAACACCUACCGAAGAACCUUCACAACAAAAGCUGGGAAGGAAGUCAGUAAAGCUCCAAAGAUACAGAGGCUGGUUACUCCGUUGACACUUCAGAGGAAGCGUGCUAGAAUUGCUGAGAAGAAGAAGAGAAUCGCAAAGUCUAAGGCUGAUGCAGCUGAGUAUCAGAAACUUCUGGCCACUAGGUUGAAGGAGCAGAGGGAGCGUCGUAGUGAGAGCUUGGCAAAAAGAAGAUCCAAGCUUUCUGCUGCUUCAAAGCCAUCUGUUGCUGCAUAAACCGAUUUUAUGCUUUCGGUGAUCGUAUAUGUCACUAUUCAGUUUUUGGUAGUUUUCCAGCUUGCUCUGAAAGUAUUUUAGCAAAUGUUGGCAUUAAUUUUAUGUUUCAGAAGUCAAAUGUUGGUUCAAAUAUUUUGUGCUUGCUAUUAGGUUAACCUCUAGUAUACCACCUUUUGGUUUGGAGUUUAGUGCUUUGGGGGUACCUUUUGGUUCUACAAAAUUGAUAUAUCUGUUUUUGGUGACCAA